AUGACAUCUAUCCUCAUCGCCGGCGUCGCCACAGCCUGGCUCCAAGAAGCCUCCACCCAAGGCAUCGACAUCGGCACGCGCAACGACCCGACCAAAAUCGCCGCCAGCGCCAAAAUCCUCCAGCAAGACCUCAAAUCCUUCCACAACACCACCUUUGAAAUCGCCUUCUUACACCCGGGUGAUGCGUCCAAGUGGAAGAAGUUCGUGUCGGUGUUGAGGAGUCGGAAGUGGGACUGUGUUUCGCUAGGGGGUGGCGUGAGGACGAUUCCGGAGCUUGGGGAUUAUUUCACUGAUUUGGUCCGUGAGGUGGUGAGGGAGCAGCCGGGGGCGAGGUUGAUUUUUCCUUUGCUUCCUGAGGAUGCGGGGCCUGCUAUUAGGAAGUAUUUACCUCAGGCGAGUUGA